AUGGCCGAAUCGAAGCCUGUUGUUUCCAAGGUGGAGUUGCCUUCGAAGAAAGGUGUGAUCAGAAUAGAAACGCAGAGCGGUUCAAGCAGAGAGGAAAGGGUUAAAAAGUUCAAGGAGGAGAAUCAAGUCCGAACAUCCGAAAGGACCAAAACACCAAAAAUACAGAAGGUUAUAUUCUUGCGCCGAGAUCACGAACAUUUCGUCAAGUACUAUGAGCCAAGAGUGGUAUCAUUGGGUCCUAUCCAUCAUGGAAAGGAAAAGUACCAGCUUGCAGAGACGUUCAAGAGUCAACUGGCAAACGAAUUUGUCAAAAAUAGCGAGAAGACUAUUGAAGAAAUAUGCCAAGUUGUUGAUGGGAAAAUUAAGGUACUCAGGGAGUGCUUCGAGGAGGAGGUGACGAAGAAGUAUAACGAUGUUGACCUUGCCUGGAUAUUGGUCGUCGACGGUUGCGUAAUCCUUCAAUACAUUGACCUGGCUAUUAAAGACAAGUUCAAAGAUUUGGAUAUAAAACACGACAUUGUAGCCUUUUGUCAACAGGAUUUGUUCUUGCUGGAGAACCAAGUUCCUUAUCGUCUCCUCGAGUUGUUGAUGAGCUCGAGCCCUAAGCCUGUGGGAGACGGGUUGAGGAAGUCGGUUGACAAAUUCAUUACAAGAAACCACCACAUGGUACUAAUGGACAAAAGCUCGGAUCCGCAAUCUGGGAAGCCACCAGAAAACCCGACCCAUCUUCUCCACCUUCUGAGGUCAAGUCUUCUGGGCAACGGAAAGGAAAAUGAGAAAACAGAAGGAGCCAGGGUGAUGAAAUGCAGAGUAAAUGAAUAA